AUGGAGCAUCGUCGCUGCAGCCUCGGAUGCGGAGAGAGCACAAGCCACACGGCUGGCGAUAGUUGUCGCCACUGACACCUUCCCACGCAGGAAUCAUCACGGAACGAGUGAGCGACGGAAGAGGGGGCCGCCCUUCGCGGACACGCGCUGUUCAUCGGACGGGAGGAGGUUGCUCUGUGAUGGUGGUGACUACUUGAGGGAAUGAAAGGAGUAUCGUCCUAGAUGUCAUUCAGUGUUGUUGGAACCACCGAGGCGCGUUGCACUCCGACCUCUCUCCUCCUCGCCGCUGGCUUGGUUUUCUGGCUCCUCGUCGGGCGUCAUUUCUUCCACUUGACGCUGGCAGCGGCGUGAGGAAACCGGACAAGUGUGUUAAGGUUAGGCGGAGGUUUGGCUCGGCGCUCUCGGUGGUCCUUUGAACUGAUCUCACGGUGUACUCAGCGUUUUGUGUGCGGCGGCCGUUUGUACUCUUGUUUUGGUAGAGUUUCGUUGCGUUUCGGGCCGGAGAUCGACAGUCCGGCGAGGUCACUGAUUCUUUUUCUCUGUUCUGUAUUCUCAUGCCUCCGUGUCUUCUAUUUUGAGGAGAAGUCAGAGGGAGUAGUGACAUUGGUGUGGAGUUCGCGGAGAAGGGAAGAAGUGGUGGUGCGUUGUGGUGAAGAUGAAGGCCAGGAAAGGUUGCAGCGCGGGUACGGGGGGCGAGUUCAAUGAGAGGAAACAGCCGCUACUGAAGCGUCAGAAGGAAAGAAAAGCACUGGCGUCGGAUGCACUGCCAUUGCCUGUGGCAUUGACAAACAAGAUCUUCAUUGUGUCAUUUUUCGUGGCAUCGUAUUUCCUGAUGAGGUCGUGGCGAGAUAAGAUCCGGAGCUCGACCCCGUUGCAUAUGCUGUGUCUGUGGGAGAUUGUAGCACUUAUUGCCCAGCUUUCGUCGUUUAUAUAUCUGAUAGGAUUUUUUGGAAUAGAUUAUGUGCAAUACUUCAUCGGCAAGAGCGGUGAUGGCUCUUGGGAUUCUGAUGAGGAGAGGGAAUGCGUCAAAUCAAGCUGUCAGGUUGUGCCUGAGGCACCUAAGGCUCCAGUUCAGCUCAUGGGCGUGGGCUUAUGUGACAAUGAGGAUGAGGACAUUGCCCGCGCUGUGAGCAACGGUGAUGUGCCUUCUUAUUCCCUGGAGACGCAGUUAGGGGAUACCCUGAGAGCCGCUUCAAUUAGACGUAGAGCAGUGGAGUUAACCACAGGAAGGUCCCUUGAAGGUUUGCCAUUGACGGGACUUGAUUACAGUUCCAUUAUGGGACAAUGCUGCGAAAUGGUUGUAGGCUACGUCCAAUUGCCGGUUGGGGUUGCUGGACCUCUCCUGCUCAAUGGUCAUGAGUUCACAGUUCCGAUGGCCACCACUGAAGGAUGCCUGGUGGCCAGUACCAACCGCGGUUGCAAGGCUAUCCAUCAAUCAGGUGGUGCUACGAGCAUUCUGCUGCAGGAUGGCAUGACGAGGGCACCCGUGGUUCGUUUCCCGAGUGUGAAGAGAUGCGCAGAUCUGAAGUUCUUUCUCGAAGAUCCUAACAACUUCGACACUAUUGCACACAUGUUCAACAGGACUAGUCGUUUCGCCAGGCUGAAACACCUCAAGUGCCAGUUGGCUGGUCGAAAUGUCUACAUUCGUUUCACAGCUAUGACUGGUGAUGCGAUGGGGAUGAACAUGAUAUCCAAAGGUGUUCAAAACGUUUUGGAUUAUCUUCAGGAUGUAUACCCAGAUAUGGAGGUCAUCAGUGUAUCUGGUAACUUCUGUGCGGACAAAAAGCCAACAGCUGUUAACUGGAUUGACGGCCGUGGAAAAUCUGUUGUUUGUGAGGCAAUUCUGAAGGGAGAUGUUGUACGCAAGGUGCUGAAAACUUCAGUUUCCGCCUUGGUGGAGCUAAAUAUGGUCAAGAAUUUAGCUGGUUCUGCCUUGGCUGGCGCAGUUGGAGGCUUUAAUGCACAUGCAGCGAACAUUGUAUCUGCUGUGUACAUCGCGUGUGGACAAGAUCCUGCUCAGAAUGUUGAGAGCUCACAAUGCAUCACCAUGAUGGAGGCUGUCAAUGGAGGUCAAGACUUGCAUGUCUCUGUUACGAUGCCUUCCAUUGAGGUGGGAACUGUCGGCGGUGGUACACAAUUGGCAUCACAAUCAGCUUGCUUAAACCUACUUGGAGUGAAGGGAGCUAAUGUAGAGUCCCCAGGGGCUAAUGCUCAAACACUUGCCAGGAUAGUGGCAGGAACAGUGCUGGCUGGUGAGAUCUCUCUUAUGGCUGCUUUGGCUGCUGGUCAACUUGUGAGGAGCCACAUGAAAUACAACCGUUCAAGUAACAACAUGGCUGCUAUCGCGAAUGCCGCCUUGCCUCCUCUACCAACUAAGACUACUUCCGCCUGAAUCUCGUGAUAGAGAAUAUGGCAAUUGUAACCUGUGUAUCACUGAAGUUGUAAUUUCUGCUGCAAGUCAAACUCGAAGCCAUUCGUCCAACAUUUUGAUGAUCUUUUGAAUCUUCUACGGUUCGAAAUGCAGAUUUUGAGGUCCAGAUCUUUGAAUAUUAACGCAUCAAAGCUGGUUGUGCACCUUAUUAGGAGAUUUCUAGUUUCAGGCAGUGUUAAACUUGCUUGCUCCCCUCCGAAGCGUGCGCUUCCCCUCUAUAUUGCGUCACCAAUUUUGUUUCGGAUGGCAUGACCCCCAUAGCCAUUCACUUAGACGAUGGGGGACUGCGUUUAGAGCGCGAUUUGAAUCCUGUAUAAUGAUUUUCUAUAGAAACUACAGUCGAUUUUUCUGAGUUCCUGACUCUGAUGGUACCAUGACAGUGCAUUUAGAUUUAUUUUCUGACGAUCUGGAACUAAGCAGUCUCGUGACAGCUACAGGUGCCGUAUCCCAUCGCUGGCAACGCCAGCAAAUGUACAAUUGUGGCUUUCUGCGAAGGGAAUUGUCUGUCUGCUGA